AUGUAUGACGAUACCCUCUCGAGACAAGCUAAGAAGAGAAUGAAUGAGCUACCGGUCGAGGAAAUCCUGCGAAUUCAGUCUCGAACGGCAUUCACGGUAAGAGAAGAAGACCUGUUGCGUGGACUGGACCUUGGCAAUAUGUCCUGCCCAGAUCGAGCCAUGAUGGAGGAUUUAAUAAAGAAAUAUCCAGAAGAUUUCCAUUCGGCUCGUACCCCUCAAUCAUUGUUGGAUCACUGGCACAUACUGAACUCGUAUGGAAUUCUGACACCGGGACCACAAUCAGGGAUGGUUGAUUGGGAACUGCUGGAGCGAACGUACGAUCUUACCGGCAGAGUGAACUUUGACGAGACCAGGGCACUGAACGCAGCGGCUGCCUGCGACGCGCGCGAACGCGAGUUCGCAAAAGUCGUGGUUCAGCCAGUGACGGGCAUCUGUAGUCCAGCGACCGAUGUCCGGGCCACGUUACGCGGACGAGUAGUUCGUUACCUCGUCCGGACUGACCGAGUAGUACUAGGUCGCAGUACACCGCGUGAUCCUGUGGACCUGGACCUCGCCUUGGAAGGUCCGGCCGAGAAGGUCUCACGACGGCAAGCGGUCAUCGCACGUGAUCCCGCUACUGGUCAGUUUGAGAUGACAAACGUUGGCGCCAGAACGGUGUUUGUGGACGGCAAACCGCUCGGAACGAACAGUCGGACACGGCUCGUCGACAACUCCAUCAUCCAAAUCGCCAUCAUACGCCUCGUGUUCCGUAUCGGUCAGUGA